ACCCCGAGCCAUUGUCAAGUUAACAGAAAAUAAAAUGAAAUAGUUUUGUAAUUUUAAACCAAGGGGUUAUCGAAGGGUCUUUUUUGUUCAGUAUAUUCUGUGGCCAACGUCUGAAUGGAUAGAAUUCACCUCAAAUAUGUCAAUCUAGUUGAUCUAGUAUAAUUUUAUUCAAAACUGAAAAACUAUUGAUGAUACUACUUGUUCGAUCAGAACUCGAUCAGGACACAUUGAAACAUUUUGAGGAGGCCUGUAAACAGAAAUUAUUAAAAGUUAAAUUUUACAUUUUGAACAGGCCUCGUAUUUCAUUGAUCAGUAUUUUGUUUUAUCGUAUUUCAUUUAUCAUAAGAGUGGGGAACUCUUAAUAUGUACGAGGAAUACCAACGCACAACAUAAGAAUACGCUUAAUAGAGAUUGCCAACAUGCUGAGGGAUAUCAUCGUCUAUGCAACUUUAGUGGGUGUUUCUUGUGCAAUAACCCAGGAGAAUCUUGACUACAUUGGUGAUAAUUUAGAUAUCACAUAUGACGUUGUUACUAACUUUGUGCCUGAGAAUGAUACUUAUACAGGGAAGCUCACCUUCAAGAAUUCUGGCCAAAAUGUUAUCAACAAUGAUGCAUGGGCCAUAUAUUUUUGCCAUAUAAGGAUAAUAGAACAGUCAAGAAUCUACCAUGGUAAUUACAUAGACCCGAAUGGAUACACUGACCCCAAUACUGGUGCAAAAUGGUCCCAUGUUAAUGGCUGCUUGUUUAAAGUAGAGCCAACGGCUACAUUUGAAGAUAUUACUGCUGGUGAGUCACGUGAAAUUUUGUUCAUCGCUGGAGCCUGGAUGAUUUCUCGAAGUGAUACUAUGCCCAAUUGGUAUGUGGCAGCGGAUGGUCUCGAAGCCCGUACAAUUCAAAGUACAGCCUCCGAAGAUCUUGACUUUGUGUCUGCAUUUGAUUCUGUUGAGAAAUGGAAACGAUAUGAAAAUGACAAGUAUGAUCCCUAUACCCCCGAGAAGCGAUUCACUAUCAAUGCUGUCCAAGAUGAUCUUGGUGCUGCUCAACACUUAGUUCUCCCAACACCUGUCAAAGUAGAAGUAGAUGACACAUCGACUGUUUCCAUAUCAACUGGAGACUGGGUCAUAGUGAUAAAGGAUAAUUUGCAACAAGAAGCUAAAUAUCUAUCAGAAAAACUCUCAAUGGGGACAACUACUGUUACUCCAAGCUCGAAGUAUGUACUGCUCCAAGUUAACAAUACCUUGCUUGUGGAUGAUCAGACUACAAGUAACAGCGAGGCUUACACUCUUGUAGUUGACACAAGUAGCCAGGUGAUUACCCUAGAGGGCAAGAGUCCUACAGGUGUAUUCUGGGCUGUCCAGUCGCUUAUAAGUAUCCAUGAUGGCACAAAUGGACGCAUUCCCGCUGUGACACUUAGUGAUCAACCUAGAUACAACUACAGGGGCAUGCAUGUUGAUGUGAGUAGGAACUUCCAUAAUAAAGAAAGCAUACUGAGACUCAUAGAUGGCAUGUCCCUUUAUAAGCUGAACAAACUACAUUUUCACCUAACUGAUGAUGAGGGAUGGAGACUCGAGAUUGAUGGCAUUCCAGAACUCACAGAGAUUGGCGGGUUCAGAUGUCAUGACCUUGCAGAGGGCCAGUGUGUUCUGUCUCAACUUGGUUCAGGACCAAACUCGUAUAAAUCUGUCAAUGGCUUCUAUACUGCCCAGGAUUACAGAGAAAUUCUGCAGUAUGCAACAGACAGGCAUGUAGAGGUCCUUCCAGAGAUUGAUGUUCCUGGCCACUGUCAUGCUGCUAUCAUAGCCAUGGAACAAAGAAGAAGAAUGCUUGAAGCCAAUCCUAUUCAAGGGAGUCCAGCAGAUCAGUAUCUUCUAUAUGAGGCAGAUGAUCCUUCCAAGUAUGUGUCAGUCCAAUAUUUUACUGAUAAUGGUAUAAACCCAUGCCUUAAUUCAACAUAUGCUUUCCUGGAAAAAGUUUUUUCUGAAGUAGUUAAGCUUCAUGAUGGUAUUGCCCCGCUGAAAACAUUCAUAUUUGGUGGGGAUGAGGUUGCUGAAGGUGCAUGGCUUAACUCUACCGCUUGUGAGAAGCUGGUAGAGUCGGGGGAGGUAGCAAGCCAUCACGACCUGAAGGAAUACUUUGUGAAAAGAACAGCUAGUAUCAUGGAGGGCUAUGACCUUGGUGCAUGGGAGGAUGGAGUACUUGGGGAGGUCAAUAAGACUGAUGUUGCCUAUGAUAUCACACAGCUAAAAAACAACGGAGAUGUGUAUGCCUAUGCUUGGCAGAAUAUCUGGGAAUGGGGUGUUGGGAACCGAGCCUACAAACUUGCCAAUGCAGGAUAUAAGACAGUCAUGUCUCAGGCAACACACACGUACUUUGACCACCCAUAUGAGCCUGAUCCAGAAGAGCGUGGCUUCUACUGGGCCCCACGGUUUAUUGACACAGAGAAAACAUUUGGUUUCAUGCCUGACAGUCUCUAUGAUAAUAUAGAUGUUGCACGGAGUGGAGAGGUACUGAAUAAAGAGACUGAGUGUGCCAAAUCUGCAGAGUGGUGUCUACCUUUGGAAAAGCCUGAAAAUAUAGUUGGCAUGCAAGGUCAACUAUGGAGUGAAACUGUACGUACAGCAGAACAUUUAGACUUUAUGAUAUUUCCUAGAAUCAUAGCCCUUGCAGAGAGGGCCUGGCACAAGGCAGAUUGGGAAUCCAGUUCAGAUAAGACUGAGAGAGAAGCCGUGAGGCGUGAUGACUGGGAGAGUUUUGCACUUACUUUGGGAUAUAAGGAGCUGAAAAGAUUAGAGGAAUUGCAGAUUAAAUACAGAGUGUCCCUGCCUGGAGCAAGAGUAGUUGAUGGUAAAUUAGAGGCAAACACAGGCUACCCAGGUGAAACUAUUCAGUACAGUACAGAUGGUAGUACAUGGAAUACAUUCACAUCUACAUCGUCUCCAUCUGGUACCGUCUACCUUAGAACUAUAAGCUCUGCUGGUAGAGCUAGCAGACAGAUACAGAUAGAAGUAGAUGGUUGUGGUGCCCCAACCUGUGGGACUAGUAGCAUUGUGCACAAUAUGAUCGGACUCUCCAUUUCUCUCAUAACAGCUUAUCUCAUCAGCUCCAUGUGAUAUUAUCAUUGGACUUGAUGUCUUCGUCUGAUUAAUAAUAGAAUGAAGUAAAUGUUAUUUAGCGUAAAGCAUUCAAAUCAUAAUAUGGGACACUUAUCAAUUUUGAGCAUAUACUGUAUUUUCAUUGAUUCCAAGAAUCGUGCAAAACAAGUUAAAUUUCGAAUCUUUAUGUAGCGUAUUGCGUAAGAUGUCGUGAUUUUUUAAUGCUCAUAUAAUUUGCUCAUCAUAAUGUAUAGCUCCGAAUGUGAUGACAUUUCUAUGAUUGUCUACAACAUGUAGACUUAUAAAUUGACAACAUGAGCUGGAAUUCAUCAUCAUUAUAUACUUUGAUUGAACUGUUUUGGUUGUUCAAGAUGACCACGGCCACUGAUGGGAAUUAGUGGUAAAUGAUAAAAUGUUCGAGAUGUAUUCAUAAGUAAAAAUAUAUUUUCUCACUUUUCAUAGAUGGCGCUCAUGUGUAUAUAAUUGCCAAUAUGAUUUAAACAAAAUAUAAUGUCAGACACUAGAAGGAAGAACAAGGUCGCGAUAAAAUUGCGAGAAUUUAAAAUAUGUUAUCAUAUUAGUCCACUUGAUUUUUGAAUAAAAUGCAACA